ACAACACAAGUAACGUGGAAUGUAACAGUGUUCUGUGAUUAUUUAUUAUUAUUUUUUCGUUUUAUUUUGUUUCAAGUGUUUCUUUUUUUGAUUCUUCUUCUGAAUUAUUUGAAAAAAAUUUUUCGUUUUUUCAACUGUAAGUAGUUUAAAAAUUUUUUCGAAAAUUUCUAAAUCAAUUAAUUCAAAAAUACGAUGAUAAACUGAUACUUGAAAAUGAAGUCAAGAUACAUGACAAUUGUCUUCUUCACCUGUUUGUCAGGAACCUUAUGUCAAGUGUACAAAGCUGGCUCAACUAAUAACAAAAAUAGCGAUAAUCACGUGGUGGAAGUAGUAGAAAAAGCACCAGAUACCGGGCCAAUUAAAAAUGAGUUAAUAACGCAAACUGUUUAUGGUUUUCUCGAUUUUACAACAACUAUUGGCAACACUGUUAUGGUUUUUAGCCCCAAUAGCGCUCCCGCAGAAGGUGAAAAGAAGACGACGUCAUCACCCAUAACGACAAAACCACCUGUGAUAAAAAAGAAUAUAGAUAUACAGCCGAGUAAAAUCCAUAAGAGUGCUAACGAAGAGACGAAGAAAUCGAAAAAUACUAAAAUAAUUGUCAAUUCCGUUGUGCAGCAGAAAAAUGAACCUAAAAUAGUGUCUACUAAAAGCCCCAUGUCAUCUGUGGUGCAAGUACACCCGAAAGAGGAGACUGCUGUCAAGAACAAUUUGGCUGAACCCGAGUACGAUUUCUUAUCUAAGCAACCAGCUGAGAUCGUUGACGAAACAUACAAGGUAAUAAAUUUAACUCCAUCAUCCAAACCAUCAGCAAAGCCUCGACCUACAUCGAAGAAAGAUCGAGAAAACCCAACAGGUCUUGUGACAAAACUAGGGGGCACUAUUGUCAAAGAUGGGCUGACUACAGUCCAUGAAACUUCAGUAAUUGGCACGUAUAUAAAUGGUAAAUACGCUCAAGUACUCCAAAGUACCUCUAGAAUUCUCAAGCCUGGAACUCCAGCGCUUCCGGAGCAGAAAAUCCGUCCUUCCCAUCCUCAGAAAAUUCUCAAAACAAUCGGACCAGCUCACGGAAAAUAUAAGACGCAGUUGGAACCGACGCCAUCUUUGCCUGGAGACUCUUCCUUACCUUUAGAAGAACUAUUCAGCGCCCCUUCAGGAGCAAGCGUAAAAGUGACACGCAGACCUUCCAGCUCGCCACGCCCGAAAUACCGAAACAAGAUAAUCGAAGAGCAAGAUAAUCAUGAAGUAACUCCACAAGGACGAAGCUAUGAAAAGAACCGUCUAACUACUGCGCGCCCUAGUUACAAAAACCGCGCCCAAACGACAACAACAGCAGAAGCUCCAGUCCGUCGUCGUACCAAUUUCCGGCCAGUAGGAUCCCAGACGCCACCAAAAGCUCAGCGACCGAAAUCCGAGCAAUCCCCGGUGAGCCUGCCGAAAUCGAAGCUCCCAAGAACUCAGGGUCGCUGGGCUUACAAGCCAGCCCCGAAAGCGCGAGUUGCGAUUCGUAAACAGGUAGAUGAUGAGGAAAGGGGCCCUGAUGUAGCGACUAAUGAGCCGGCGGCGAUAGCAUCAACGGAAGAGAAACCGACAGUCGCUUCCAAGAAAAGCGAUGAGAACGUUUCAGACGCGGAACUGGAUUCCAGCGAAUCGGAACAGGUGCCAUCGUCAUCUGACUCGGGAUCUUCCGGAUCUGCAGGAAAUCCUCUUAUAGGAACCGUGCCCACAGAUCAGAAUGAGAACGACGCGAUUAUACCCGCUGAGACUAUUAACGUUGAGAUUUCCACACCCGCUGAUAUGACUGACAUGUACUAUCUCAUCGCUACGAUUAAAUCUCCGUACACGUUCCAGGUUGGAACAAUGAAGAACACGCGGUUUAUUACCGUGACAUCAACUCAGAAAAAAUCGUUCGCCACAGCAGAUCCUUCAACCACCCCAACCCCCACUGAACCAUUAACUGAAAACAUCUUAGCGAACACUGCAGCUGCUUACGAGUCUUCUCUGCCUUUGGAUUCUUCGAUCGCCACGCUCCCUGCAAUCACCUUGGAGUCCGGACAGAUGACUCCUCCACUAGAAACCUUAACAGAGACCUUCACUACCACCCAGACCCUGCUCAAAACCUACUUACUCCCCGUAGUAGCCAACGGUAACACGACCCGUCAUACCUUAGUACAGACCUACAACAUUGCUCGCAUGGUAACCGCGAUUAAAACACUCCCGCCAUCAGAAAUAUAUCAGUUCAUCCCCUCGAAGACACUCAAUGAGUUCAACUCUAAGCUCGACGAAGCUGGUAGCGAACUUCACCUCGAGCUGGACUUUGGAGACGACGAAAACGAUGACGAGGAUAUUCCUAAGCGCGUUGUGGUUCCUAACACCCACGAGCCAGAGCUUGAUGGUCUCAAAGGAACGAACAAAGGAACCAAGCAGAAUCAUCCAGAAGCACCAUCUCCCUCUUCAGACCCACAACUACUUCCCGAGUCUGCGCAACAUCUUGCAUUGCUCAACUACUUCAACCAGGCUGCACAAGUGAUUACCACCUCCAGGCCCAUCGUUGUCCUCGAGACCGUCUACGAGUCUCACGUGAUCCCGCUGGUAAGCAACGGCAAUACCGUGUUCUCUACCCUCUCUAGACCAGUAGGAACUGUUCCAAGAACUUCCUACGAAUUAGGAACUUCAACUAUUGCACCUAUAGCUCAGCCGAUCCAACAUAUGCCCCAGAUUCCUCAGCUUCCUCAGAUUCCUCAAGUUCCUCAGGUGCCACUGUACCCUCCUCAGCCCCAGUUCACUAUCACCACAGCCCCGAUCGUCACUCAGACUCUCGUCACUAUUUCUGACUCACGAGUCCUAAAACUAACCUUCGGCGCGAAGACCGCCUACACCACCCUUUUCUCGACGAAAGUGGUGCCCACUGAAAUCACCACCUACGUCACCUCUACUGUUCCUGUCCAACCUACGGUACCUUCUUUUCCCGGGUUCUUUGGAUCUCCGGUUGGAUACCCAGGGUAUCCAUUUGUAGGUUAAGUCAUUCAUUUUUUACUUACAUUAUGUACAAUCUGGUGCUAGGCUACAUUUUUCCAUUUUUUUCUAAUGAGUUUAUGGGAUCAAACGCUAUAACUUCUUGAGUCCGAUUUUUUAACUUAAUUUUUUCUACUCUUAUGUAUGAUUGAUGCGAAAAACAAUUUUUAAAAUUUUAGUUCAACAUUGUUUUGUUUAAUUAAAAUUGUCACAUUCAAUUUUCGAUUUUUCUGAAGUUACUAGGAGAUAGCAUGGUAAUCUACUGUGACCGGAUUGUACUGUAUUACAUUUAAAUAUACAAAUAAGUUGCUCAGAAAUUGUGGCUAUCUGGGUUAGCUUACAUAUUUGAUUUAUAUAAAAAAUAAUAAGAUUUGAAAAAUAUCAUAAAAGUAUUGUACGUGUGAUGGCUUAAAAAAAAAAUUAUUUUCAGACCAAAAUACUUGAAAUUCAGUUUAGAAGUCUAUUCUUCGCGUAAUUAUAUUAAUUUUGCUGCUCACAAAAAAAUAAGCCGGGUUCAAGACCCAACGAUGAUGAUUUCUUAAAUACGUGCAUUUAUAAUUAAAAAAAAAUAUAUAUAUAUAUUAAAUUUUAUGCCAGUUAAUUAGAAAAUAUGUUA